AUGGCUGUGCAACUGAGCCUAUUUAAAAGGCCUGACAUGCGAGCUUUGUCAAAUGAUGGAACUCGUGUCGACUACUUUGAGAAGACCAAAGCUCACUAUGAAACCAAAGAGCCAGACACACAAUUAUUCUUGAAUAUUUCCACGGUACCAAUAACUUUCGGUCGUCUCUAUCAGGAUAAUAACAAGCAGUGGAAAUUCAUCGACUUUGGAGAUGAAAAAAGGGGUGAAAGACGAUACAAAACCUCUGCUCAGUGGUGUGAUAUUAAGCUUCCUUGA